AAUUGUGGCUUCUCCUCAGGUUGAUUCUCUUCAGAUUCGCUGACCUCAAGUACUCAAAAUCCUCUUUGAGAUAUUUCGUAUUGCCCUUAUACGCCUGAAAAGGGGUAGUUCUACAGUUGUACGUGCAUUUAAAAGGGUAUUGUAUGAGUCAAAAAAUAGAAAAACCAAUAUUAUCAGGUCAACGUAUAAAGACCAGAAAGAGAGAUGAAAAAGAAAAGUAUGAUCCGAUGGGAUUUCGGGAUGCCAUUUUACUUGGUUUGGAAAAGGCUGGUAACGACUUAGAUGCAAUUUCAAAGUACUUGGAUGCAGCUGGCUCUAAAUUAGAUUACCGCCGAUAUGGGGAGGACCUUUUUGACAUCUUAAUAGCUGGAGGGCUCCUGAUCCCAGGUGGUUCUAUUGCUCAAGAUGGUGACAAACCAGUUAGAACUACUGCUUGUGUUUUUGAACAACCAGAAGAUAUGGAAUCUAUGCGAAAUUUUGAACAAGUUUUUAUCAAACUUAUGAGACGCUAUAAAUAUUUGGAAAAAAUGUUUGAAGAAGAAAUGAAAAAAGUAUUGGUUUUUAUGAAGGGGUUUUCUCCCAAGGAAAGAAUAAAAUUAGCUAGAAUGACAGCUCUAUGGAUUUCUAAUGGUUCUGUUCCACCUACUGUACUUUCAGUCUUAAUCAAUGAACAUCUUGUCAAAGAUAACUUAGCAUUAGACUUUUUAUUAGAAGUCUUUGUUACUUGGAGACAAGAGAAGGGUUUAUCUAGUUUAAUGACUGCUUUGAAAAAAGGCAAUAUUGAAGGAAGGUUAAUGGAAUUUGUACCACCGAACAAACGAACAGAAGAAUAUUUUCGAUCUGUGUUUGAGACUGUUGGUCUCGCAGACAUUGUGAAGUUACAUAAAGCUCAAGCAAGUCAAGAAGCAAAACGAGAUUUACAGCAGUUAUUAUUGGACGAUUUGGUUGAUAGUCGUCCUAUGAAAGAUAUUAUAUUAGAUCUCAAAGAAAUGGCACAAAGGAGUAGUAUUCCUGAGCAUGAAGUUAUUGGUUUGAUUUGGGUUGUUGUAAUGGGUCAAGCUGAAUGGAAUAAGAAGGAAGAGCUAGUAGCUGAUCAAGCACUGAAACACUUAAAAGUAUAUACUCCAUUGUUCGAUGCUUUUACAACCACUGCCAGAUCUGAACUCGCGCUUAUUCUCAAGGUCCAGGAAUUUUGUUACGAAAAUAUGAAUUUCAUGAAAGUCUUCCAAAAAAUUGUUCUACUAUUUUAUAAAACGGAUGUAAUAUCCGAAGAAGUGAUUUUAAAAUGGUAUAAGGAAGGUCAUUCUGUGAAAGGAAAAAUGCUGUUUUUGGAUCAAAUGAAAAAAUUUGUUGAGUGGUUACAGAAUGCAGAAGAAGAAUCUGAAUCAGGAGAAGACGAAGAUUAAAAAGCAUAAAAAAUAAUAUAAGCAUCAUUAUUAUGAAAUUAAUACGUUUGGAUUUUAUCCAUCAUUUUUAAAAUGGAUCAAAAUAUGAACUGAAAUUGGAUUGUACUGAUAAAUAGAAAUUUUAAAAAAUGAAUUUGUAUUAUUAUGAGAAACAAUAUAUCAGGACAAGUACAUAAAAUUUUUUAAUUGUUAAUAAACAAGAAACAACAUUACAUUAACAUCCGAUUAGCGUGGGAGAUAAAUUGUAAAUUUGCAAUGUCUUUAAAUUGUAUUACUUUAAGAAGAAAUAUUUUGUGUUACAUUUUUAUAACACCGCUACAAAAUAUAUACAGAAUAACAAGUUAUUGAAGAAAAGAUCUUUAUCUCUGUGUACGUAUAAUUUUCAGACCCCUAUUCUUUGUAUGAUAAUAUUGUAUUAGUUUUUAGAAAAUAUAUUGUCAGGUGGUGUUUAA